CACUUCGACCGGCUGAUCCGGCAAUCCAAGCUGUGGUGUUACGCCAAAGGGGUCAACCUGGACGGGAAAAGUUUGCGGCACGGAGGGAGGACGGAGCCCUGUAAAACCGCAGAGCUCAAACCCCCCGGCUCCAAAAGAGCAGAGAGCCCCAGCACCUUGUCAAACAAAGCUUUGAAAGGCAAUGGCUCGGAAAGGAAUGCCAAGCGCAGACGCCUUGCCAGAGGCGCUGAGGCAGAAAGGCAACAGAGCUCCUCUAAAGGGAGGCCACAAAAGACUCCGAGGAGGAAUGCCAAAAAGGGAAACACUCAUUGCAAACGCCUCGGCAGCGCCGGGCCAACCCCGCCUCGGAAUUCCUUCAGCCUCAUGGGCAACUUCCCCUGUAUUCCCUCCCUGGUCGUGGGGGAAGAUGGGGACCUGUGUCCUGCCUCCUCCCUGGGGGUCAAAAACUCCUGGGCCCUCUCCAAAACCCACCCGCUGUGGAGCUGGCACCUGGGGGGUAACGCCAUCCCCGUGCCCCCCAGCCUCAAAUUUCGGGGCUAUAGCUUGGACGAUCUCUAA